UCCAAAAAUACAGGCAAUGAUACUGUAACUAAAAGCAACAAUGACCUUCUAGGAAGCUACAUCCUCCAGGCUCAUCACAAGUACAAAUAAAUAGGACAUUACAUAAUUCCAACAAGACAAUGCAAGGAAGAACAAUCAUCAAAACAAAAAAUGUGGCAUUGCUCUUUGUUCUCCUUCUCCUUCUCCUUUUGCUUCCUCUUCUUCUUCCUCCUUAUUAUGAACCAAAAUAGCCUUACCAUCAAGGCGUUUUCGGUAGAUCUAAUCAACACAACCUGCAAACAAUGCGCGGACAAGAGUACCAUUCUGAACUGUGACUUCUGCGUAAGCUCUCUCCAAGCUGUUCCCAUCAGCCAUGCCACGAACCUUCAAGGACUCGUGAUCAUUGCAAUGGGGCUAGCUAACCAAAAUGCAACCAACACAGUCUCGAGCAUAGACACUAUGAUGGGUAGCGAAGCUUUUGAUCCUUUUGCCAUGGGGUGCUUGAAGGACUGUUCGGAACUGUACACGAAUGCUGUCACAACACUGAAAUAUUCUCUCAAAGCCUUUCUGUUGGAGGACUACGCUACUGCUAAUGUGUUGGUGAGUGGUGUAAUGGAAGCAGCAGUGACAUGCGAGGAAGGGUUCACGGAGAAAGAGGGAGAAGUGACUCCAUUGACAAAGGAGAACUAUAAUCUUUUCGAGUUAAGUGACAUUGCCCUAUGCAUUAUUAACUUGCUAUCAUUGAACUUACCUCCAAUGUCCUCUUGAACUCGGUAGUGUAUUGUUAAAGGAGAAGUAACUUCUCUUCCAUUCUUCUGCUAUUCAGGGCUAUAAGAUUUUUUUGAGUUAA